AUGGCGAGAGCGUUUGCAGCCCUGUUCAGGCGGGAAUGGCUCCGCGUUGCCCUGUCCGACAGCCCACUGAGCAGCUCCAGCAUCACUUCUACCCACCGACUUCAGAGCUUUCCCUGCGGGCAGGACCGGGACACGCUGGAGGAGAGUCGUUUUGGCCUGCUGUCCCUCCUGCUGUGGGCAACCAGCAGCCUUCUCCGCACGGCUGGAAUCCGGCUCUUCAUCCCCGUCCACCAAAAAUCGUACUUGGGCAGCGGCACCAUCGGCCGUUGUGGGCUGGCUUUAUUCGAGGCGGGUGGAAGGGGUCUGGGGAAUGGGGUGAAUGUUGAAGGAGCGACGCACAAGCAAGUGGUGGACCUGAUUCGCGCAGGGGAGAAGGAGUUAAUUCUGACGGUGCUGUCGGUGCCUCCCCACGAGGCGGAUAAUCUCGACCCGAGCGAUGACUCUUUGGGGCAGUCAUUCUAUGACUACACAGAAAAACAGGCUGUGCCCAUCUCCAUCCCCACGUACAAGCACGUGGAGCAAAACGGCGAGAAGUUUGUGGUCUACAACGUUUACAUGGCGGGCCGCCAGCUCUGCUCGAAGCGGUACCGGGAGUUUGCCAUCCUGCACCAGAACCUGAAACGGGAAUUUGCCAACUUCACUUUUCCACGUCUCCCAGGAAAGUGGCCGUUCUCUUUGUCGGAGCAGCAGCUGGACAGCCGGCGGCGAGGGCUGGAGGAGUACCUGGAGAAAGUGUGUUCGAUACGUGUCAUUGGGGAGAGCGACAUCAUGCAGGAGUUCCUGUCGGAGUCGGACGAGAAUUACAACGGCGUCUCAGACGUGGAGCUCCGAGUAGCGUUACCAGAUAUAACAACAGUGACAGUCAGAGUCAAAAAGAACAGCACUACAGACCAGGUGUACCAGGCUGUGGCUGCGAAAGUCGGAAUGGACAGUAUUACCGCAAACUACUUCGCCUUGUUUGAAGUGAUCAAUCACUCCUUUGUGCGCAAACUGGCGCCCAAUGAAUUCCCCCACAAACUCUACGUGCAAAACUACACCUCGGCCGUGCCGGGAACGUGCCUGACCAUCCGAAAAUGGCUCUUCACUACAGAGGAGGAGGUUCUUCUCAAUGACAAUGACCUGGCAGUCACCUACUUCUUCCAUCAGGCUGUUGAUGAUGUCAAGAAAGGCUACAUCAAAGCAGAGGAGAAGUCCUACCAGUUACAGAAGCUGUGUGAGCAGAGAAAGAUGGUCAUGUAUUUAAACAUGUUGCGGACGUGCGAGGGUUACAACGAGAUCAUCUUCCCCCAUUGCUCCUGUGACUCUCGGCGGAAGGGACAUGUGAUCACAGCCAUCAGCAUUAAGCACUUUAAACUCCACGCCUGCACAGAGGAGGGGCAGCUGGAGAACCAGGUAAUAGCGUUCGAAUGGGACGAAAUGCAGCGGUGGGACACGGACGAAGAGGGAAUGGCAUUUUGUUUUGAAUACGCACGAGGAGAGAAGAAACCCCGAUGGGUUAAAAUCUUCACCCCCUACUUCAACUACAUGCACGAGUGCUUCGAACGGGUUUUCUGCGAGCUCAAGUGGAGGAAGGAGGUGGAGGAGGAAGCAACAGACAAGGAUAACAGGAACUGCAGUAAAGACAAUAUGUGCAGCAAGAAUAUCUUUCAGAUGGUGCGGUCACAGCAGAGGGACGCGGCCACUUAGCCCCCCCCGCGCCGGAGAGCGCGACCCCCGCCCCCCAUUAACACUUAAAAUUCUGUUAUUGUAUUAAAGCCCUUAAACUAAAUAUUAUUAAUAAUA